AUGAAUCCUCAACAUUCCGGAGCAGCGACGCUGCCCAAAGGCUUCCGUUUCCACGACCCGGAUCAGCAAAAUCCCAAAACACCGGAGCCUUCCGCAGUGGACGAGGAGCUUCAGCCACCCUCGCCGCCGCGUCCGCGAUUGAGACUGAAAAGGCGCGUCGCAUCCAACUUGAACGCUCCGACGACGCACUUCCUCGCGUCAGUUGCUGCCGCCGACGUUCCGAUUCCCAGUAUCGAAGAGCCCGAGUCGGCUGGCGCAGACACGCAAUUUUCCAGCAUGACGUACCCGGUCAUUCACAAUCUCAACGACCUGGACGAGCUCGCCUUACACAAACUUCGCGGCAGGCGUUUUUCUCCACCCAAAACGCCAGCACCCGGCGCCGCUCCCUCGCUAUCCCCUAGACGGUAUCCCAACUGGUCCAUCGACUCUGCCUUCAGUAGCGGCGAGUCUACCCCGGAAUGCGAGUCCAGCCGACCAUCAACCGCACGGUCCACGCAAACCAGUGCCUCCCUUUUCAGUCGCUUCUCUCUCGCAUCAGAAGACUUGCAGUGCAUCAGUCCGGAAACUGACGCGUCGGAUCACGUCAAGAACUCAUUCUUCGAUGCUAUCGAAGAGCCUGCCGAACCCUCGUCUUCGUCCAAGCCAAAGGCAAAGAGGAGAAAGGCCCCUUGGACAAAGGCGAUGAGCGACCACCUCUGGGCAACCUACCUUACUUAUCUCCAAGACCCCAAGGUUACGCCGUUUCGCACCGCCAAAAGCGGCGUUCCGCCUCACGGGGUUUGUCUUCGUGUCGCGAGGGAAGCGAAAAGAAGCUGGAGGGGUCCCAAGGGCGGAAGAAAGUCUCUCAACCCCAAGAGCGGAAGCAGUACUCCUACCGUUGAGACCUGCACCUUUCUGCAGUGGCCACACACUUGCGCGUCUACCCGAGCCCAUCUGAGAGACCUUUGCAAGCUCAAAGCCGCUUCAUCAUCGGCCCGCACGAGCAAGUUCCUUGCCAACAGUCCGACACCCUUUGGCAGAACGGCGGCGCGAUUCUGGAACCGAAGAUCCACUCCGGCCCGGUCUCCUUCCGUCUUCUCAGCUCACGACAUGUCCAUGUCGCUCACUCUGAGCACUUCGGAAGCCAUGCAACCCCAGGGUCCUCUGGCGCAACUUACAAAAUCGGAACCCGAACCUGCUCGAGAGACAAUGACGGAGCCAUUCCCUCUCUUUCCCAUGGACUUUUCCAAGUUGGAUACCCCACCCGAUGAACGACCACGACUUGGGACACCUUUUAUGGCCAACAGUUACGGGCCCAGCUCGACUGGUGCACUGGCUGCCGCUGUGUCCUCAGUGCCUCAAAGACAGAACCAGAGUCUUGGUCACAGGCGCACCUUGCAGUCGCCGGCGCGUCUGACCAGAAGUCGAUCUAACACGCAGAAGCGCGUUGGACGACCCAGACAAGCAUCACAUGAGCCGCGGAAGACCAAGCGACCUAGUCUUGUCUCCGACCUCUGGACUGAGCCAAUGCCCUCCGAGUGUCUACCCAAGACACUGGCCAAGCCUGAGGUUGAGUUCAGCUCCACGGACCGGAACUCACACGACGACCUCUUUGUACCUCGCACAAGUCUUAGUGGGCUCUUUACAGCCCCUAUGCAGAUACCUGCGCCCCGGCUUCAGCCUGCAGGUCUGCCUGAUCCCUUCUUGGCUGCACCCAACGCAUCUCCUCCCAGGCUUGGAUCGCCGUUUCCUGGGACGAAGACUAGCUUUUCCUUCCCGAAUCGGUUCACGCAGCCAGAGGGAUUUGAGCACGGCACUAUUCGCCCAUUUGCCACAAUCCAACAACAACCCGGCGGGGACGGCAGCUCAGCUCCUCCUCGUAACCUGGCUGAUCGCCUAGCUUACAUUGACGAACGCCUUCGCAACUUUAGACGACGGGACAGCAAUCGUCGCCGGUCUGAAUCACCUUUCUAG